CUCCCCGCUUCUCCAUUAGCAGCAGCAGCAGCGCCGCCGCCGCCACCACCACCACCAGCGGGGACAGACCCCUCCGUCACACGGGCAGGGCAGCUGCAAGCCGGGCAGGCGCGACGCGGGCGAGCAGGAGGAGGCAGGAAGGCUGAACCAUGGCUCUGGACGGUAUAAGGAUGCCAGAUGGCUGCUACGCGGACGGGACGUGGGAGUUAAAUGUCCAUGUCACAGACCUGAACAGAGAUGUCACUCUGAGGGUCACGGGAGAGGUCCACAUCGGUGGGGUCAUGCUGAAGCUGGUGGAAAAACUUGAUGUCAAGAAAGAUUGGUCUGACCAUGCUCUGUGGUGGGAAAAAAAGAGAACCUGGCUCCUCAAAACUCACUGGACCUUGGAUAAGUAUGGAAUACAGGCCGACGCCAAGCUGCAGUUCACGCCUCAGCACAAACUUCUCCGACUUCAGCUCCCCAACAUGAAGUACGUGAAGGUGAAAGUGAACUUCUCUGACAGAGUCUUCAAGGCAGUAUCUGACAUCUGCAAGACCUUCAAUAUCAGGCAUCCAGAAGAACUCUCUCUCUUGAGGAAGCCCAGAGACCCAACCAAGAAGAAAAAGAAAAAGCUGGAUGACCAGUCUGAAGAUGAGACGCUUGAGCUGGAGGCUCAAGUAAUCACUCCUGGUUCAGGCUCUGAUGUUCUUUACAUCGGCCCGGUGAAAGGGAGCAUUUAUUCAAGCCCAGGACUUUAUAGCAAAACAAUGACACCAACGUAUGAUUCUCAUGACGGCAGCCCUUUGUCACCAACUUCGGCUUGGUUUGGAGAUAGUGCUUUGUCGGAAGGGAAUCCGGGGAUACUUGCCGUCAGCCAACCAAUCACCUCCCCAGAAAUCUUAGCCAAAAUGUAUAAGCCACAGGCACUUCUGGAUAAGGCCAAGAUCAACCAGGGGUGGCUGGAUUCUUCAAGGUCACUGAUGGAGCAAGAUGUGAAAGAGAAUGAAGCAUUGCUUCUCCGGUUCAAAUAUUACAGCUUCUUUGAUUUGAAUCCUAAGUAUGAUGCAAUCAGAAUCAACCAGCUCUAUGAACAGUCAAAAUGGGCUAUUCUUUUGGAAGAAAUAGAAUGCACAGAGGAGGAGAUGAUGAUGUUUGCAGCAUUGCAGUACCACAUCAAUAAGCUAUCAAUCAUGUCAUCUGAAAAUCACUUGAAUAACAGUGACAAAGAGGUUGAUGAAGUCGAUGCUGCCCUUUCUGACCUAGAGAUUACUUUGGAAGGUGGGAAGACGUCCACAAUUCUGGGUGACAUCACUUCAAUCCCGGAGCUUGCUGACUACAUUAAAGUGUUCAAGCCAAAAAAGCUGACACUCAAGGGUUAUAAGCAGUAUUGGUGCACCUUCAAAGAUACGUCCAUCUCCUGUUACAAGAGCAAAGAAGAGUCCAAUGGAACUCCAGCCCACCAGAUGAAUUUGAGAGGAUGUGAGGUGACUCCUGAUGUCAAUAUCUCUGGUCAGAAGUUCAACAUCAAACUUUUAAUCCCUGUUGCUGAGGGUAUGAAUGAAAUUUGGCUCCGUUGCGAUAAUGAGAAACAGUAUGCUCACUGGAUGGCCGCUUGCCGGCUAGCCUCCAAGGGCAAAACCAUGGCAGACAGUUCGUACAACUUGGAAGUUCAGAACAUCUUGUCUUUUCUGAAAAUGCAGCAUCUGAACCCAGAUCCACAGAUAAUUACUGACAUCACAACGGACAUCAACCCUGAAUGUCUGGUGUCCCCAAGAUACCUGAAGAAGUACAAAAACAAGCAGCCAGGCUAUAUAAGAGACUUGAUCACUGCCCGGAUUUUGGAGGCGCAUCAGAAUGUUGCUCAGAUGAGUCUCAUUGAAGCCAAAAUGCGAUUUAUACAAGCUUGGCAGGCCCUACCAGAGUUUGGCAUCACACACUUCAUUGCAAGGUUCCAUGGUGGCAAGAAAGAGGAACUUAUUGGGAUUGCCUACAACCGGCUGAUACGGAUGGAUGCCAGCACCAGCGAUGCCAUCAAGACGUGGCGAUUCAGCAACAUGAAACAGUGGAACGUGAACUGGGAGAUUAAAAUGGUAACGGUUGAAUUUGCAGACGACGUCCGUCUGUCCUUCAUCUGCACCGAAGUGGAUUGCAAAGUGGUGCAUGAGUUCAUUGGCGGCUAUAUCUUCUUGUCGACACGCGCUAAAGACCAGAAUGAGAGCUUAGAUGAAGAGAUGUUCUACAAACUGACCAGUGGCUGGGUGUGAGUUGAAGGAGGCCUUCUCUUGCUGUACUGACAUCCACUCAAUGGCCAUAUUAAUAUUUAACUUCAAAAGCUGUUAUUUGAAAUAUGCUGCUUAAUCAAGUUAAGCUUGAAGUGUAUCUUUUCUUUUUUUAAUAUCAUGGGAAUUUUUGCAUUAGCAGACCAGUUUGAUGUACGUGCACUAAACAGAACUUCCGUUAAUCUGCUAGAACAAGAUAUUCACACGGACCGUGUAAUGCCUAUAUGCUUGUGCCUCUCACCUCCUUCACCCAGCAAGACGAUAAGACGGUGGGGCUGAUCAGGUUAAUUUUUGACAGAUGUAAGCUAACCAAAUCAGUUAAAACCUCUAAGCCAUCUAACUAUAAAGAUACUCGGGGCCUAUUCUAUAUGAAGUCUAUUUAUCAUGUUUAAUGCAUGUUUUGUGGGUGCAAUCCAGGAAAGCCCUUUGUUGCUGCCCCUCUUCCCCCAUUGAGUCAGUGGGGUUUGUGCAUGGACUCUCGUGCGCAGCAGCGGUGCUUGGUGGAGUGCGUCCUAAAUCGCCUCUUUAUUUUUCGCACUACAUGAUCAGGUCCAUCCCAGAGGCCUGAAGCUUUUACAAAACAAUCAUGUGUGGCCUUGAAAGAUAACUCCUUCCUUUGGUUCUAAGUGUACUUUUUAACUUCCUUUUGAUGAUCAUUUAUAUAUUGUGUGUGUCCUCCUUUUCUUUCCCCUUGUUUUGUUUUUUUACACCGUAUUGUAUUACAAACACCUGUAGUAUUCACCAGCAUAGCCACUCUCUACUUAAGAUAUGCAAAAACUUUUCAUUACAAUAUGAAGUAAAGGUCUAUGAAGUAUAAGGAUUCUGUGAGUGCGUUUGAAUGUCCGUGUGUGUGUGUGUGUGUGUGUGUGUGUGUGUGUGUGUGUGUGUAACUAAUGUAUAAAGAAAAACAAAUUUUAUAAAAUUGUACAGGUUUUUCUUCCUUUCUUUUUUUUUUAAACUAGUUUCACAAGCCAAAAUAGGUGGGAUUCGCAAUAGUAUAAAGUGUAUUGGCCUUAUAGUAGGUUUUUAAUCUAAGUUAAAGUCUUGACUUGGUUUUAGCUCCGCCGUGAAGCCCUUAACAUGAAGAACCAAUUGCCUGGAGUUGAGGGUUCCCACUUCAGAAUUAACACUAAUGGCCAGGGAACCCCAACUCACCCAAAGCGAAGGGAUAACCAGUAUUGUGUCCUUUACACUAAAACUAUGUACAAAUGCAUUGUAUUUUAAAUAAAGGUCAAAUCUUUUAUUUAA